CAACGAAGCCUUCAACCUCUCAACUUCUCCAUCUUCUUCUUCAACAUAAGAGUGAUGAGCAUCCUUCAUUCCUCCUCCUCCUAUCUCUCUCUGGGCUAUGGACUCGCUUCUGGUCCUUCUCUCCCUGCUUCUCUGCAUGGAAGCAUACACAUUCUCUCAGUGCAUGGAACGCUGCCUGCCAGGUUGCAAAAUUGUGCAGAUUGAUGAGUGUUAUAAGUUUCCCAUUCAUGAUUCUUCCUCACACAUUCAACUGAUUCAAGAAGCAUUUUCGAGUCUCCUUCUGUACGCCGACCUCUUGGGUAAAGCAUCGUCAGAUUUCAUUUUCACAGUCCAAGUGGGGCAUACUGUGAAUUUCUCUUGAAGCAAAACUAGAAAGACAAGUUAAAAAUGGUUAAUGCUGUCAGUAAAUGUACCCGAAGGAAGAAUGUUGAGUGGCUGGAUUUGGAAUCCGAAGGUGUGGUUGAUAAUAUACUUUCAGGGCUUCCUGUGAAGUUCCUUCUAAAUGUCAAGGCUGUUUCUAGAUUCUUGCGUGAUUUAAUUCGGAGUCAAGCUUUCAUUAGAUUGCAUUUAAGUCGGUCAAGAGAAAAUGCCCAGUACAUACUUUUCCCUUUUAUGCCAAUUGACAGAAACAUAUAUUUCAUUGAUGCUGAUGCGGAAGUCACUGAAACAGUCUCUCUUCCUACUGAUGAGUCUCUAUCAACUCUUAGUAUGGUUUGUUCCUAUAAUGGUUUGAUAUGUCUUACAAAUUUUCCUGUGACUCUUGACUCAAAUAGCUUUGAAGGAGAGACAAGGGAAGACUUGUUAAUUCUAAUCUGCAAUCCCGCCACUCACGAAUUUGAUCUACUUCCAAAAUGCAGCCCAUCAAAAGAGGACCUAGGCAUUGGUGUUGCCUUUGGGCCAGAUAUCUGUGAGUAUAGAGUAUUUCGGUUUUUCCAUUCCAAAUUGAAUCCUGAAAUAGUCCGGCCUGUCCAAGAGGUUGUGCAAUUUAGGAUUUUGGACCCCAAUACUAGACCUGAAACAGUCCUUCCUCCAGAAUGUGAGAUAUAUUCAUCCAGAACAGGAGCCUGGAGUUACAUAGGUCAUGUUCAGCAUCGUCCUAUGGGUGCGCAUCACAUAUUCGUUAAUGGAAAGGUUUAUUGGUUUAUUCCUUCAGAAGAAAAACCUGAUAUCCCUGGUUCCAUUCUUUCAGUUGAUAUGGGGGAGCAUUUUGAAGUUAUUGGGCUUCCAGAGACACUCACAGAACUCUCCUUCUUAAUUGAUAUUCAAGGUUGCUUAUCAGUUGUCACAGUUUCGGAUAAAGAUGAGCCUGUGGCUAUUUGGAUUUUAAAGAAUGAAAAUGAAUCUGUUUGGGAGAAGAAAUGUGGUGCUGAUAUUCCUUAUGCAGGAAUGAUGGAGGAACUUCACUCCGUAGCUUCUAGAGAAAGUGAAAUUUUUUUCAUAACUGCACGCUAUUAUACUAUCUUAGACACAAAUGACAGUUCCUGGGACCUUGUUGAGUUCGAAGAGUUUGAAUUCAAUGCUCACUCUGUUUUUCCAUACACAGCAAGCCUCCUCCCUUGUACUGGAGGCUUUAAAGGGGAGGUGAACAAUAAAAGAGCAGUGUGAUUCUGGUUGUAAUUAUUUUAUUGUCUUCUCUUCCAGGUUCCUGUCCCUUGGAUAAGCUUGGUUUUUGUUUGUUCUUACUUGUUAAAUCUCAGAAGCUCCAUGUUCAGAUUUUUCCAAAGGGACCACCACCCUUCGUUUGGACUUAAGAGAAAUCGGGAACACUGUUAUGAUGCCGCCCUAGAAGUCAAUUAAUCUGAAUAUUAAACAUCUUAAGCAAUGAGACUUAUUAUUUAAAAUUCCUGGGAAAUUCAGCUUUGGUCAUUUCUGUAUCUAUUUACUUUUACAGUUUGAAGUGGUUUGAAAUUGGAGUUAUUUAUGAGAUUUUGUUGAAUGUUAUAUUGAUGAGUUCUGGAAAAACUGUUGGCAUG